AUGAAAAUUCGGAAAGGACAUUUAUUUUUUAUGUUAGAAAAAAGAUAUAUUACAGAAAAAACUAAAAAUGAUAAACAGCAAUAUAAUUGUAAAUUAAACAAAGAAAAAAAAUUGUAUCAAAAAAAAGACAUUAAAAAUAAAUGGGUGCUUUAUAAAAAUAGUGAUUUAUUAUUAUUUCUUUUAUUAAUAGUUAUAUUAUUUCAGGAUAUAUAUUCAUACAAUAAAUGCACAAAUGUACAUCUCUUAAAAUUUAGUCCUAAUUUCGUAAGAGUAUUAAGUGAUUUAUAUUAUCAAAAUCAAUAUGAUUAUAAUUUGCAUGAUGUGAGUGGACUUUCAUCACUAGGAUAUAAUUCUAGAGAGAGUGCAUCUACUAUUAAUAGAAAUAAUUUUAAUGAUAAUAACGUAUCAAAUAAAUAUCAAAGUCAAGGUCAAGGUCAAGAACAAAGGAAUGUUAAUAAAGGAACUAGUUCUAAGAUAUUAAAAGAAUCAAGGAUUGGAAAUACAUCUCAAUCUAACAUUAAAUGUUUAGAUGAUGAUUUAAGUUUUUUAGAACAAUCUUUUAAAGGCAUAUCUUUUAAUACAGAUAAGGAAAAAGGUAUAAAUAGUGGGAAAAAUAUAAAUAAUGGAAAUAAUUAUAAAAUAUUAAACGAAUCUAUAACUGGAAAUACUACUACUACUACUACUAAUAAUAAUAUUUAUAAUAAUAAUAUUGGUAAUAAUAAUAAUAAUUCAAGGGAUAAUAUUCAUAAUUUCGGAAAAACUCCUUCAGGUGUUCAUUUACAAAAUAGGAAUCCAGGAGGAAGUAAUAGUGAUAGUAAUUCCCAAAUGUUUAGAGGAAAUAAAUAUGACAAGAAAAAUUAUAAUGAUAAUAAUAAUUAUAAUAAUCAAAAUAGUAGUAAUUAUCAUAGUCAUUAUUUGAAUGGAUAUAACAAUAGAAUGGGUGGUAGGAACACAUCACAAGGAAAUUUUCAAAGAGAUCCAUAUAUAGAAGAAAAUCCAAGAAAUUACAAUAAUAUUUCAUAUAAUAAUUAUUCAAGUUAUACAGAAAAUCCAUAUAAUAAUUAUUAUUAUGGUUAUGAAAAUACUACCAAUACGUAUCAUAAUAUGGGAUAUGGAAAUCCUCAAAGAAUUUCUAUAGAAGAAGGGAAUGAAAGAACAUAUUCAAUGUCAAAUAACUAUAAUACAUAUAACGAUCCAUAUUAUGAUAGUUAUUAUGAUGAUAAUAAAUGGAAUGAUGAUUUUCUUGUAAUGGAAAAAGAAUUUGAAAAACUGGUUCAUCAAAAACAUGGUGAAAAUUAUAAUCAUGAUAAUAUGUAUAAUUCAUAUAUUAAUAAUUUAACAUAUCAAGGUCAAAAUUACAACCCAAGUAAUAUUGAUGAUUAUUUAGGAACUAUAGAUGAAGCUUUUGAAAGGGUGCAUUUUAAAGGACAGAAUGUUAGAAAUUCUAGUUUUAAUACAAUUUUUAAUUAUGAAGAUUAUAUGAAAGGGAAUAUGAAAAUAGAUUUCGUUGACAGUUCAGAUGAAGAAUUUGAAAGUAAGUUUAAUAAUUCCUCUGCUCAGAAAAAAAAAAACAAAAAGAGGAAAGUACAAAAUGUGAGAACAACAAGUCGUACAUUACAUAGAAAAGAUUAUAAUAAUAAUAAUAGUGAUGAUAAUAGUAAUAAUAAUGAUAAUAGUAAUAAUAAUGAUGAUGAUAAUAAUAGUAAUGAUAAUGAUGAUAAUAGUAAUAAUAAUGAUGAUAAUAAUAAUAAUAAUGUUGAUGAUAUUUGUAAUGAGAGUGAAUAUGAAUUUCCUACUAAAAAUAAUGAUUAUGAAGACAGUUCUUAUGAAACUGAAGGAGAAACACAAGGAUCAUCAUAUACUGAUAAUAAUAAUAAUAAAAAAAAUACAGAUAGUAUGAAUAAAAUUGUAAAAAAAGAUUCUUCUUCUGAAUUACAACUUUCUAAAAAGGAAAACGUGGACCAAUUACAUACAGUCUUUCUAAGUGAUAUAGGAGUUGAUGCAAAGUGGAAUACUUCGAAAGAAAAGAAAGUAAAUGAAUCAAAUAAAAAAGAAAACAUUAGUUUUGAACAAAAUUAUACAGAAAAGGAAAUUAAUGAUAUUAUUUCAAAACUAAAUGAAUUUGUAAGUUUGAAAGAUAUGUUUAUUAUAUUUAAUCAUGUUAAAAGAAUUGAAAGGAAAAAAUUUCUUCAUAUGCAAAAAGAUAUUAAUGCAUAUAUAGAAAAAUGGACACACAAUUAUAAAAUGCCUGGUUAUGUAAAAAGGAAAUGUAUGGCUAAAGCAAAUUUUAAUAUGACUGCUGAUUACUUGGAAUUGGAAGGUAGAAUUUUACAAGAUUUUUAUUAUUUGUUAUUUAAGGGAACUAUGGAGAAGUCUAAAUUCAUUCAACUAAUACAGGAACAAAGAAAUUAUUGGUUGAAUCUAAGAACAGAAUUGAAUUCUAUUUGGAAAGAUGUUGUGGAAAAAAAAAUGAAGUGGUAUGCAUUUCGUUUAAAAAAAGAUAAAAGUAUUGGAGAUUGGAUUGCAUUCCUUGCUAAGGAGUAA